AUGACCACCACCACCGAAAGACCCAUUGAUGACCACCAUCAGAUAACUGGAGAUUGGCUUUUAAGCGAACAAAGAAAGAUCGAAAACGUUUGCAAUGAAAAUAUCCGAGAAUUUACUACGACUUGUCUGCUGGAAGUUGACUGGCUAAAGAAUUAUUUGACAGGUAUCAUCAUUAACCCCCAUUGUAAGCCUCCUGUCUGCACCAGUUCGAAUCACCGGAGUGACGCGCAACACAAAAUACUUGAGGAUUGCGAACAUGACGCGGAUCAAGAAAAUGCUAGCAAAAUUUCCUUCAACUAUCAACAUCAAAAUGAAGUCGUGUGUUUCGAUGUGCAAGAAAAAAAGGAACAGGACAAAGAAGAAAUUAAGGAUUUGAAUAAUGUCAUAACUAGUGAACAUGAAAGCAAAAAAUUCGAGCGCAAAAAAACUCUAAUUGGUCCAAAUUCCAUCAGGAUCGAACCAAAGAUGGAACCGCGCAUUCUGUCCUCUUUUCGUAGUAGUAAUGCCUCUUCCCGAGAUUGCGUCAAAGGUCUGAAUGAUCUGUCAAAUAAAAAGACAACCCAUAAACGACUAGCACAGUCAAAACCCGAGAUAAAAUCUCUUGUGUUGGCGGCUGCUGCUGCGAAAAAGGAGCAGGAGGAGCAAGAAAAAAAAUACGAAAGAAUAAAAGAAUGGGAAGCAAAGCGCUUGGCUGCUUCACAACGAAGACACGAAGAAGAGCAGAAGCGACUGCAAAAUGCUAGACUGCGUGAAGAAGAGUGGAAAAGGAAAGCAAACUUUAUUCCAGAAACUAAAAAAAAGGAGAACGACAGCUCAAAAAAAAAACGAGUCGAUAAAACUGCACAAAAGAAAAAAGAAAUUGACGCGCGACAAAGAGACGACGUGCCAUCUGAGAAAACAUCAUCGCAACUAGAACAUAAGAACAUUCUGCAGAAAUCACCAUCACAAAGUUCCGAUUUCUUAUGCGACCAGAGGAAUGACCAGUCCGAAUUUGAUUGGAACUCGAGGACGGACGAUGAGUUCCCGCACAGUGAAGAGGAAGAAACAAAACGUCCGGAAUGGUGUCGACAAUCAAAUCUUAACGUUGCACUAAUACAUCAGGCUUCAAUUGACCCCGAGAUCAUUUUUGGAAAGAUUCAACCAUUAAACAUGGAAAAAAUUUUUAGGGGACGUGAACGCAAAUUUCGUCAACGUUCCAGUUCUGCGAACUGGUUUGGUGGAGACGCGUUGACUAUCCAAGAAGAAAUAGAAUAUAAAUUCCGUAUGGGAUUUAAGUAA